CAUCCAGCACCAAACGAACCAUUUGAUCAUUUACAGAUGGAUUUUAUUGAACUAACACCAAGCGAGGGAAAGAAGUACUGUCUUGUUGUGGUUGACAUGUUUUCCAAAUGGGUAGAGGCUUUUCCCUCAUCGAAACAGGAUUCUUCAGCAGUGGCAAAGGCACUUCUGGGGGAAUUCAUUCCUCGGUGGGGAAUCCCAAGAAAGAUAUCCAGUGAUAAUGGUACUCCAUUUGUAAGCGCAGCUUUAAAGAGUGUUGGUGAGUAUUUGGGUAUCGAUAUGCGACAACAUUGUGCUUACCAUCCUGCUAGUGGAGGAGCAGUGGAAAGAGAAAACGGCACAUUGAAAAACAAACUGGUCAAAUGCUGUGAGGAAACAGGGCUGACAUGGACAAAGGCAUUACCUAUUGUUUUAAUGUACAUGAGAUCUAGAGUGAGAAGUAAGAAUGGUUUGAGUCCUUAUGAGAUUCUCUUUUCACGUCCAAUGGAGACAGGAAUUGGUCCUGUUAAAAGGCAGCUUCCUCAGACCAGUCAAUGUGAAGAUGAAAUGUUGCGAUAUUGUGUAAAUCUUUCCUCUGUUCUCCUUGAUAUCCACAGGCAGGUGAAAGACGCCCUACCAAAAUCCAUAGACGGUGAACUGCAUGAUUUGAAACCAGGAGACUGGAUUGUGGUGAAGGACCUGAGGAGGAAAAGCUGGAGAGCACGCCGGUGGAACGGGCCCUAUCAAGUUCUUCUCACCACGCAGACGGCAGUGAAGGUCGCAGAGAGGGCAACCUGGGUACAUGCAAGCCAUUGCAAGAGGGUACCUGAGCCAGGAGAGGAUUCUUCAGGACAGAACGUGCGUUGAUGUCAGCAGGUGGUGUUUCCAGCCUUCGAUUGUUUCAUGCCCGCAAGGAAAGGGGUGUGGAAACCAUUAGAGUUACAAGUCUCUAAAAUUCAGUGACACACUGAUUAAGAGGGUUGCAAGAGGAACACUGCUGAUACUCAAUGGCGCCGACGGACAAACAGUGGCAUCUGAUGGGGCGGGCGGUGCGCAGUUGGAAGGAAGGGAAGUGCUCCCUGUUCUUGCUGACUGUCAUCUUCGUCCUACCACUGCUGCUGUGGAAAACAAGCCAAAACAACUCGAGCAUAAAAGAAAUAACCAAAAGAGAACUUUCGUUUGACCCCUAUGAUGAACAGAUAAAACCUGAAAAUAAUGCAUGGUAUGAGACCAUGAAGGUAAUCGCUAGAAAAAUCACUAAUGAGAGCUGUUAUGUCUGUGCACAACUUCCUCAUGGUGUGGGUACUACUCUCCCACUUAAGACCAUCCCACUAAACACCUCAGAGACAUUAGGAGUACUGAUAGCUUUCACUCAGGGGCUUUCACUAAAGAACAGGACUGUGCGAGACAUGAAUAGUAAACUUAAACUACUGAAUAUCAGUGUAGUUAAUUAUGGGGGUUCCACAGCUCGAUUCUGGGACAUGUCUUUGGUGGCAGAUCAGGAAAUUCACCAACCUGUGAUGACAAUAAACCCCACCGGACAGUUAGGCACUGUUUGUUUUACUAGACAAUGUUUUAUGGCUGAGGAUCACUAUCUGGGAACUUCACCAUGUAAGCAAAAAGUUAUAGCUACUUGUGGUUUGAGAUGGGAUCGGGAACCAUCAGAAACAUGUAGAGGUAACGUGCCAUUUGUUGCUCAGUUAAAUUUAACUAAUACCAUCAGUUUAAACAGACCAGGUCAUGACAACCCGGUUGUUAGUAUGCCUUCUAGUGAUGGGUAUGGGUCUCUGAGGGAACAUGUGUGGGUGUGUGGGAAAUAUGUUUACCAGUCACUCCGACCGGGGUGGUGUGGGACUUGUUAUAUUGCCAGACUAGUACCUUCUGUUACCUUGUCACCUAACCUCACCCACUUCCAUACAGAUUAUCCUCACUAUUAUGUGCCAUCCAGACAUAAGCGUUCCACAGUAAGAGUGUCUCCAGGAGAAAAAGGAUUCGGAGGGUUCUUACCUUGGUGGGGAACUGUGAACAACGCACACAAGAUAGAUGAGAUUGCUAUGGAACUGGAGAAUCUAACAGCCCUAGUGGGGGAAGGUUUCUUAUCUCUGUCUCCCAGUAUUCAGGGUAUCAGGAAUGUGGCUUUGCAGAACAGAGUGGCUUUGGAUUUAAUGCUCGCAAGUCAAGGGGGUGUUUGCCACAUAAUUGGGACCGAUUGCUGCACAUACAUACCUGACAUUUCUGAUAAUAUGACGCAUAUAGUUUCCCAUUUGAAUGAUCUAUUGUUCGAGGAGAAAAGCAAAGACUCUCAAAUUCCUGAAGGAUGGAAUUGGGGAUCAUGGUUUACUCUAACGGGUUGGAAAAAUGUAUUGUUGAAAUUUUUGACGCCUAUUCUGAUUUCAUUUUGUGUAUUAGUGUUGUUUGCAUGUUUUAUUGUUCCUUGUGUUAAGACUAUGGUAACUUCCCUCAUUAAGUCUACGAUUGGGCAAUAUGUUCAACUUCCUGAAACUAAUCAAUCCUGGACGCUUCCCUUCCAGGAUGAUGAGAUGAUUUAAAAUUGUAUAGAGGAUGUUGAGCCUUAAGGUCUCAAAGGGGGGAGAUUGUGGUGGAAAUUUUAACAUUUGGGCAUUGAUUGAUGGAAGGAACUACUUUGAUGUAUAGAAAUAUGAGCAAAUGGAUUCUCUUAGUUAUCAGGGUGUUUCUCAAAGUAACUGAUGUUAUAUGACUUCCUCACUUACAGGGUCACCUAACAAAGAGGUCACAGGAAAGGGGAUGUGAGGGGGUUGUAAAAUGUUGAUAAGAGAUGCUUGUAAACAGAUGUUCACUCAAGGAGCCUGAGACCGAGGAGAAGACAGGAUACUGAUCACCUAUUUGUAAAGAUCAAAGAGGUUAAUUGAUAAACAUGUGUUCCUCUCACAGGAGGAGCUUGUGAAGGUUUAAAACUGCUGUGUCUUCUGUAUGUCAUUGCUCAUUGUAUGAAAUCUUUGCCGUGAUUUGUACUGUGAUGCCCAUCUGCAGAUGUAGAAUUAAAACUCCAGGAAGAACA